AUGCAAAUUGACCCUCACAUCCUUAUGUCACAAGAUGGCUGCCCCACGAUGGCUGCCCCCAUGUCAUCACAAGAUGGCCAGCAAGGGAAGGCAGUUGGUGGCAACCAGUACUGCAGAGGAGGCAGUGGGGGAAGGGGGGAGAGAGAAACAAGCCUGCAGAGGAGGGCAGUUGGGGGUGAUUGGGUCGGCAGGGGAGCAGUCAAUCAGGCAGGGAGGGGCACGGUUAGGGGCAAUCAGGCAGGCAAGCAGUUAGGAGCCAGCUUAUUGAUUUUAGAGAGAGAAAGGGGGAGGAGAGGAAGAGAAAGAGAGAGGGAGAACGAGAGAGAGGUCAGUUGCCUCCCACAUGUACCCUGA